UUAUGCAGAGUCUGUUGUUGUGUGUGGCUCAUUUCCAUUGAAUCAAAAACUUUGGUUUAGCAACCAUCCCUUACUUUCUGGGUGUUAGAUUUUGAGCCCCGCCCAACUCCUAACUUCCUUCCCUUAUUUUUCGUGGCUUCUUUUCACCAAAAUUUUAACCUUUUCUCUUUUGGAAUUGCCUGUCUGAAUACAACACAACAUACAAUUUAUUAUUUAAGGAGUUUGGAACAAGCAGGUUUGAAGAAAUGGAGGUUGUGUAAAGAUGCUGCAGUUUUCCACAUGGGAAGGGCCUUCCAUAUUCAAUUCAAAAAAAAGCAAAAGGAAAGAAUUGAGAUGAUGCUGUGUCCAAUUUUCCUAUCAGAAUAAUAAUAUCGAUUGGUAGAAUCCCUUUUUUAUUUUUUGGUUCCUUUAAUCAUCGUCCUAGUAUAAAGCGUUCGCAUGUGAUCCUCCUCUCCAUACACAUCAUUUUCCAUAUCCUCUUAAUAAUUUCUAUUCCUCUUUCUCCAGCCCUGUUAGAUUUCUGCAAUUUUUUGUGGAGAAGAAGGAAUAUAAGGCAAAGUUUAGAAUAUAAUAGAAGGGGGAAAAAGGGCAGAUGCAAUUUUGAGAAACCUAGUUGGGAAAUAAACAUAUCCCUCCAUUCCGGGAAGUUGCCCUGUUUUCAGGCAAUUCACAAGCUUAUCCAAUUUCCCUGUGUUUUUGGUCCUGGAAAUUCCUAAAUAUUUCCCUCCUUCUUUUUCUCUCUGCGGAUUGGAUUCUUUCUUCUACGUAUUUGUUGACGGAAGGAUACCUAGAGAAAGGGAUUUGAUUGUUUUCCAAGGAGGGAAACUUGAAAGACAAUUUUUGUACUUUUUUUUGGAACUUUUGCCACAUACAUACAUUCAUUCUGGGAUCAGGAAAAUUUGUGUCCUCAUGUUAUCUAAUGGGUAUUCAAGCUCCAAAAAGAGUGAUGAUAUCUGCAAAAACGCGUGCGAUCGGGGCUCCCCGUUUAGCCUGUCAAGACUUCGGUGUUUGAUCCUAGGACUGGAUGCAAAAAGCAUUGUCUUUUUGUUUCUGAUUCUUCCGACAGCUGUUGUGGGCAUAUACCUCCACGGGCAGAAGAUCUCCUACUUCCUCCGGCCGCUAUGGCAGUCUCCACCGAAGCCAUUCAUCGCGCUCACUCAUUACUACCACGAGAACGUAUCCAUGGAGACCCUCUGCAACCUCCAUGGCUGGGGCAUCCGCGACUAUCCUAGGCGCGUCUACGACGCUGUCCUAUUCAGCAACGAAUUGGACAUGCUGAAAAUCCGAUGGAAUGAGCUCUAUCCUUACAUCACACAGUUUGUCCUGCUCGAAUCCAACUCCACUUUCACUGCCAUUCCUAAGCCCCUCAACUUUGCCCUGAGCCGGGACGAGUUCAAAUUCGUGGAGCCACGGCUGACAUAUGGCCUAAUCGGGGGCAGGUUCCGGAAGGGCGAGAAUCCCUUCAUCGAGGAGGCCUACCAGAGACUGGCCCUCGAUCAGCUCCUACGAAUUGCAGGGAUUGAAGACGAUGAUCUACUGAUCAUGUCUGAUGUAGAUGAGAUUCCUAGUGGUCAUACCAUUGAUCUACUGAGAUGGUGUGAUGACAUCCCUCCGAUCCUGCACCUACAGCUGAGGAACUAUCUAUACUCUUUUGAGUUCCAAUACGACCUCGGGAGUUGGAGGGCUUCCAUCCACAGGUACCAAAAAGGGAAGACGCGGUAUGCGCAUUAUCGCCAGACCGACUACCUGCUAUCAGACUCUGGAUGGCAUUGCAGCUUCUGCUUCAGGUACAUCAGUGAUUUUGUAUUCAAGAUGAAGGCAUACAGCCACACAGAUAGGGUACGCUUCUCGCAUUUCCUAAGCCCCAAAAGGAUACAAGACAAGAUCUGCCACGGGGCGAAUCUAUUCGACAUGCUGCCGGAGGAGUACACAUUUAGAGAAAUGAUUGGGAAGAUGGGGAAUAUCCCACGUUCUAAUUCAGCUGUUCAUCUUCCAUUUUACUUGUUGGAAAAUGCACAAGAGUACAAGUAUCUCUUGCCAGGGAAUUGUGUGAGAGAACAUGGCUGAGAAACCAAUCAUCAGUGUGAUGAUUUUGCCAACUCAGGGAUAGGAAAACAAGUUUAGAUGUAUAUACUGCUUCCACUAGAAAUAGUUUAGGUCUGCACAUAUAUUAACAUCAGAAUUUUAUUUUAUUAAUUUUUAGCAGGAAACACAUUUCCUGUUGCUAACUGUUGAGUAUUAGAGAUCUAUCAUAUCAUAGAUAGAGCUUAGAUUUUUUCCUUUUGUUUUUGUAACUCUGACUUCACAGGAUUUGAUGAGCCGCAUUAGUUGCUUUAUCAAAGCUUAUGUAACAAUGACAUGUAGUAGAGAUGGAUUUGUUUGGCCAUUGUA